AUGCUUGAGAGAUGGAGGCCUGAGACACACACAUUUCAUUUGCCAACUGGUGAAUGUACAAUCACUUUAGAGGAUAUAAAUAUGUUGUUUGGUCUCCGCAUAGAUGGUAAGGUUGUAGUAGGCGAAACCGAAGGCCCCGAUUAUGCUUGUGUAGAUGCUUUAGGCGUAGAACCUAUUGGUGAUAGGGUGAAGGGUGCAGUAAAAUUGAGAUGGAUCCAUAACGAGUUGUUUGAGUUAGAAGAACAUUCUCAACAAACCGAGCAGGAAAAUAUACUGCAUGCAAAAUUAUAUAUCUUAAGUAUGAUUGCAGUUUUAUUUCCUGAUAAAUCUCAUAAUGUGUUGCAUUCUUCUUGGUUCAAAUUUGUCAAAGAUUUUGAUGAAUGCGGAAAAUAUAGUUGGGGAUUUGCGUGUUUGUCUUAUCUUUAUAGGGAGAUGUGCAAAGCAUGUCGUGUAGGAUGCAUGAGUCUUGGAGGCUGCUCACUCAUUCUCGCUGUGUGGACCUACUAUCGCAUUCCACGACUUGCUCCAAGGAGUGAAAUUGCUCCAUCCUAUCCAUACGCCACUAGGUAA